AUGGGAAGUCGCGAUCUGUGUCCACUGGCUCUGAAAGCGGCGUGGCCAGCAAGCCAGAAGACCAGCUUCGGGGCUGAUGGGAAGUCGCGAUCUGUGUCCACUGGCUCUGAAAGCGGCGUGGCCAGCAAGGCUGGUGGUGGCAGCACUGACAGCCAGAAGACCAGCUUCGGGGCUGAUGGGAAGUCGCGAUCUGUGUCCACUGGCUCUGAAAGCGGCGUGGCCAGCAAGGCUGGUGGUGGCAGCACUGACAGCCAGAAGACCAGCUUCGGGGCUGAUGGGAAGUCGCGAUCUGUGUCCACUGGCUCUGAAAGCGGCGUGGCCAGCAAGGCUGGUGGUGGCAGCACUGACAGCCAGAAGACCAGCUUCGGGGCUGAUGGGAAGUCGCGAUCUGUGUCCACUGGCUCUGAAAGCGGCGUGGCCAGCAAGGCUGGUGGUGGCAGCACUGACAGCCAGAAGACCAGCUUCGGGGCUGAUGGGAAGUCGCGAUCUGUGUCCACUGGCUCUGAAAGCGGCGUGGCCAGCAAGGCUGGUGGUGGCAGCACUGACAGAAUAUUGGAAUGUGGCCUCGAAGAAAAAAGAUCGACGCAUUCGAUGGAAAUGUCAAAAAGCACAUCGUCUAUCAGCAGCCGAAUGUCUGUUCUAGAGAGUUUUGAAGAGACAAAAGUGCGUCACUCGUUGGAUUCGAAGAAAGAACUGAAUUCGAAUCGGGAAGAUCCGACACCAGCCGCUAAGCCCACCUUAUUAAAUUCGCCCACUGCUGCAGGGCGAACGCUCCUAAACAUGUUAGACGAAAUCAAAAAGCCACAAGCGCCGCCGCCGCCUGUCGCCUCCACAAGACCGCCGCCCGAGCCCGCCGACAAAUCGCCGAACGCCAAAACCGAAAAAAUCAUUUCCAACUCGGAAAAAAUCGUCGCAACAUCAGAGAAACUCACCGAAAACAUAAUCUCCCGGUCGUCAGGCAUCUUCGAAAAGUCAAACACGCUGGAAAGAAUCGAGAAAAUAGAGGAGAAAAUACCGGAGAAGCCAAAUAAGACUGCGGAUAAAAGUGCGUCUGGAACGCUUGAGAGGCGGUUGCAUUCUUUAAAAGCGGAGAAAGUGGAACCUGCGAAGCAAGAUAAGGUAGAAAAGAUUGAGAAGAGUGAAGGAACGGAGGCGUUGAUCGCGCAGCUCAAUAGUAGGAUAUCAAAUUUGGAAAAGAUCAUCGAGGUGCAAAACUCAAUGUUCACCGCAGCGGUAGAGGAGCUCUCCGCUAAGCUGCAAGCGGAGGCGGACAAGCGGCAAGCGUUGCAAGCGGAGGUGGCUAAGCUCGCGCACUGCGUCACGCAGGUGUAGCGGCCCCGCGCCCACCCGCGCCCUAGGUAUUCUAGCUACGUGCACAUGUAAAGGGAUAUCGACAUUAUAGCAGAGUAAAUACAAAUGAGUAGGUCAUCUUCAUAGAAACGCACCGAGCGCGGUUUGUAUGUGAGCGCGCCAAUACGUAUGCGGCGCGCACGCACACACUGACAAAAUUCGGCGCAACUCCCCGAUAAUCCACGAUAAUAACAAUAUUAUAAUAAAUUAAAUAAUAAUAAGUGUGUGCGUGCGCGCCGCAUACGUAUUAGCGCGCUCACUUACAAACCGCACUCGGUGCGUUUCUAUGAAGAUAAGCUACUCAUUUGUAUUUACCUACUAUGAUUAUAGGCCGCGCAGCGAAAGUUGAGGCGAAUACGUACUCACACUGAUGUUAUAUUUGAAUACAGUAGCUUUACCAUGAGUUUACAUUUACGCUCGUAUUCACAAACAUUACUAUGAAGUCACUGAGUGCGCGUGGACGCACAGGGUGACACACGAACCAAUCACAGAGCUCUAUUCCACGCUGUGCGUUCGAAUUGCACAUAAGCAAGCAUCGUUUGUGAAUAUGAGAUUAUUGUUAAUGUCGUCGCUAGCGAGUGCAUGAAAAAUCGUUGACGAUUUUAGUUCUUGAAAGCAAUCGUAAGGAGCGCUGUACAAGUUGUCAUACAUACAUUCCAUUUCAUUUUUUACGCAGUCGCUAGCGAACACCUAAAGUAAACUCAUGGUACGCACACUGAGUCCAUACAACACGUUACAGAUUCAAGUUGAAAUAUCGAAAACAGUAACUACCUCUCUCUUGACAAAUUAUGUCUGCACGCGAGACAGAAAACACUUGAUAGUUCACUAUGCAAUUUAGCGCGGCGAGCGUAUACAGAUACAAAUCUUUGCUUGUUUUGAUCGCCUUAACUUACGUUGCGUGACCUAUCGGCUGCUCGCGAGAUUGAGCACUAAGUCGAGAGGUUAACGUUUAAAUUGGCUCUCGAAGAAAACACCCCGCGAGCCAGCCAUUAACGUCGAUAUUUGUCGUUAAGGAAAUGGUUGAACGGUUGACUUCAUAGUAGGGAUAUGCUCGGAUUUUGCACACCCUAUUUCUUACAGUAGAGGAUACAAUUUGGCCCGUAUGUAACACGUAUGAGCCUAAUAGAAGGGCGUCUAUCGUUCAACCGUUUUUAAAUUACAACUGCCACAAACAGAUUAAAAACCUUCGAUGAAAUAAGGCUAAGGCCAUAGUAGGUGCCUGUACCGGUGCUAUGUGAAUAGUCGACUCAUUUUAGACUUUGAAUGUGGUGACCAUUAUGUCUCUGUUAUUGUCUUUCUUUGCUUGUGAAAGUGAGUUAAAAAUUCAAGAUAAAGUCCCACAGUCAGUAGUCCAAAUUGAGAUUUUAAAUGGAUAAUUUAAAUUGAACGAAUGAAAAUAUUGAACGGAACUGUCGGUCAUUCAUUCGAUAGUUCAAUUUGUUUGUGGCAGUGUAAGUGAAUUGUGCACUCCGUUUAGAAGUGGCUAAACGUGUAAGCGAAUAAUGAAAUUGGGAUAAAAGUAAACGCCUGGUGCCUGCUCUUUCUAUCAUUAUACUGAGAGAACGAGAGGUGCUUUAAAAUUGGCGUGUUUGUAUUCUAAACGGACUUCAGUAGUUAGACAAGCUAAUGGGCGAUUAUGGUGUGGGUUGGCGGUCAGGAGAGUAAUUGAAUAAGAUUUCUUGUGUAUUCAUAUAACAAAUCAAGUACCUAUUGUAUAGUGUGGAAAGAUAUUUAAUACUCUAGCUGCAAUUACAUUUAGUUAGAUAAAAUCUAUUACGAUCUACGAUUGGUUAUUCCACGUAGAUUAACUAGUAAUUGUUGGCAGCUAGAUUUUGUGCGCAUUCAACAUAAAUAUUUCAGCUAUAUUUAAAUUUAGUUAGAGAAAAUCUACUAGGAUUCAAAGAGUGGGGUUUGCAGUGUGGAAUUGGAAUGACCUUUAUGUUCAGUAUAUUUUGUAGUUAGAAGUAAACAAUUUUGAAUGUAAGGUUCUUUGAUGUUCAGUAAGGCUUUGGCCGCUGUAUGGUAAUAAUAAAGAUGUUCAAAUAGUCACGAUUAUAUAAUUAAAAUUAUGAUAAUUUUCUCUUGUUACAAGUUGCAUUAGUGCGACUUAAGUACUGUACAGAUAAGCGAAUCGGCAUUAGUAUUCACAAUCGAGUGGUAAAAUCGAAUAAUGUAGAUGAGUGGGCUAGAAACGGGCUAUUAAAUACUUCCAAAGGUAAAGUCGACUCGCUUAUUCAUAUAGCAAGCCUUAUUUUCGCAUCUUCUAAAAUCGACACUGCAAAAAACCUAGUCUGAUUCGGCUAUUUAAAGAUACAUUUGUGUACAUAGUCAAGCGUAGGGUCUCUCGACCGUUUUUUAUUAUUAUGAUAUUGCUCGGAUGUAAUAUUUUAUUUUGUAAUACAAUUUUGUAAGUAAUCGUGAUGAUGAUUCGAUGGCAUCUGGGAAGAGAUUGUAGGUGAAACAGCAUCCUCAUAACACCUAUUCAUUGCAUUCAAAUGAGCUGACAUGAAUAAAAGCAAUGUAAAUGUGACCUUUAAGUCUUGAAGCAGUCGUAUUUGUAUAAAACAUGUGUUUAGUAAACACUGUUGUUUACCUAUGUUUUUUCUAGACUUUAUGUAUGGUUAUAUUGUUAUGUUCGCGGGGCCUGAAGCGUUUGACUAAAAGUCAUACUGACGGAAAAAAUCCUUGUCUCAUGUAUCUUUAGUAUUGGAGAAAAUCCGUGUACAUACAUAGCUAUGUGAAUAUACUUUUUAUCGUGCCAGCUUAUUUUGAAAUAUACUGAGUAAGGUGCUGCUAAUGUCAUUUAAGUACGUACCAUUCCAGUCAUCAAAUUUUGAUACUUCUUCUAGGCCAUAUUUAAAUGUACUUAGAAAAACCGGUGUUGAUACUUAAAUUUGCUAUUAUAAUACUCCUUCGAAAGGCAGCAUGAAGAAAGCAGUCAUAACUUGUCAGAUGUGUGUAAAAUCGAUGCCAUAGUCAUAAGAGCUACCUUUACAAACAAAAUGGAUGAACAUUUUGAAAACUAUUAUGUAAUUAGUACAAAUUGUAGUUAUUUAUACUAUCUUCUUUCUUAAUACUAACGUAAUAUUUCUAAGUCAACGUUAUACUAUCUUUUCUUUUAUAAUUUGCGUCUUGAGUAGUUUUCUGGAAACUGUUUCAGACUGCUUUUCUCUCUUUCUUUACGUGCACUUAAGAAUAUCUGUUUUCAGAAUUUUGUCUUUCAAGUGCUCUUCAUGAACCUACAACAAAAUGUCAAUUGAUUUUGAAUUUUAUAUUAUAAGCUUGAAAUUCAAUAUCUUCUGGAAAAAUUGGUGUAGGUAAGUUGAUAUGACAACGUCUGUACUAUGUGUGACUUUAUCUAUUUAACUGAAUACAAGUAAUUAAGUUCAAAUGUACAUGUUCAAAGGUAGCUCAGUUCAAAUGAAUCGUACGUAUUACUAUUGUGUGUCAUAAAAUACAGUAUGGUAUGAAUUGGGUGUGAUAACUUUUGAUGAAACAGUAACAGUUAUUAUGUCAUAUCAUUAUUUUGUGUAAGUUGCUAACACGUUCUUUUGGCCUAUCGUUUUAAAAGGCCUUGUAAUGUUACAUAGAAACAGUAAUUAUUAAUUAAGUUCAAUUACAAUUUAAGGUGAAACAUUGAUGAUAUUCUAUUUUCUUUGGUAACAGAUUUUGUAGUUUUGCCGAUGUGAUUUUUCAACAAUUUAAUAAUUAUAAUUAAGUCGUAUGUUCCAUUAAACGCCGUAUAAACUCCGAUGCAAUCUUAUAAGAGCCUGUAAUUGUAGGUACUAAAUUAGUGUUCUUACGGGCUAUUACAAAAUUUGUGCCAUUUAAUUUUAUUUGCUGCACAUUUGUAUAUUGCGAAAUUGUAUGUUUGUAAAACAAUCCAUAACGCUGUACAUUAAUUAUUAUAAAUUGUGAUCUACACAUUCCAUGUCUAUACACAUUAAUUUAUAAUUAUCUAUGUAUCUUUCCCUGACUUAGAUUGUAUAACCAAAGUUCAUUUCAUUGGUAUUUUAACAAUAAUACCUACUACUACUACCUAUAUUGUAUAUUUAUGAAGCAAAAGCCAUAUUUUAGGUACAGUUAAUAUAUUUUUGUAAUUGUACAGAGAUUGUUUAAAUGUUAUUUAGAUAACGUUGUACCUUUUUGUAACUCGACCAUAUCUUGAUGUAAUUGAUUUUAACGUUUACCGCCGCUAAGUUCGGAUCCUCCUCUAUAUUAUAUUAAGGCUAAAUAUAUAAGACUUAAAUGGGAAAUUUAAUUUCGAAUUUGUGAGCAUGCAAAAUGGUUGUGUUCGCCCAUCCAUUAUUUCAACCGAUUGGUCUUUAUCUUGGAUUUAUACAACACAUAUUUAUUAUUGCAACUAAGGAAUAUUGGUACAUAAUAAGUAAAUUUUUAGUAUUAAUUUAGAGGUUGUAGAUCUAGGUUACGAUGUGAUAGACGUUGCCUAACUUAUACAUUUAUAACUUUAUUCGUGAAUUAUUUAAAUGGCUUUAAUUAUGCACAAAUUAGGUCACACUAAAUAACCAUUCCUUUAGUUGAUAUGUAAAUUUAUCGGUAGAACGCUUAAGAUGAUGCAUUCGAUGUUUGUGUAUACAAUGUAUAUUUAUUAAUACAAAUGUUUUGUUUUUAUACAGUACUUAAAUCUGAUAGACAUGCCUGGUAAAUAUAUGUUGUUGGAUUGCAUUUUAUAUAAACCUUAAUAGUGUUUAUUGCGCUUAUAUUAUCGUAAACUAUCACAUGCGACGAUAAACUAAUAAUAACAUAAAUAAGUAACUUUAUUUUUUAUUUGGUGACGUUAAUUAUUGUAUAAAUGCCAUAUUAAAUGAAGAGAGUGGGGAGUGUUGACAUCCUGUUGUAAAAAUAAAAAAUGCUUUAUCUAUAAA